AUGGUUAAGUUAAUCUUUAUAUUACUCCAAGAAGUAAUAAAUAAUGAAAUAUCACAAAAAGCACAUCAAUUUCUGGCAACUAUUAUCAAACCUGAUUUCAUAUUGGCAUUAAACGUAACUGAAAAAGUUUUUACUUUUACACUUCCACUGUGUAAAUAUUUACAAAAAAUUGAUUGUGAUCUUACCAAAGCAUGUGAUCAUGUUCAAGUUGUCAUUGAUUCAUUAAAUACUCUUCGUCAAAAUGCUGAGGUGGAAUUUAACCUAAUAUUUAUUACGGCUUCGAAAACUUUAACUGAUGUAGGUGGCACAAUGAGCGUACCAAGAUUAUCAAAAAAACAAAUUAAUCGAGAUAAUUAUACAGAAUCUACGCCGGAAGAAUAUUAUAGAAAAGCACUUUUUAUACCGUUUCUUGAUCAUUCUAUAACACAUUUAAAAAGUAAGUUUGAAUAUCAUCAUGAUUUAAUUUUAUCUUUUCAAAAUAUUAUGCCGAAUAAAGUUGUUUUUACAAAUGAGAAAGAUGUUUUUAACUUAUGGGAUUUUUACAAGACAAUACUUUCGGAUCAUCAACAGUUUAAUUCAGAAUAUUUACUGUGGAAAUCCAAAUGGGUUAAAGAAAAAGAAGAUUGUAGGCCAUCCUCGGCAUUUGAAGCAUUUUUAAAAUGUGAUUCUGAUUUUUUUCCAAAUAUAAAACAAUUGUUAACUAUUAUUUCUACACUUCCCGUAUCAACUACCACUGCAGAAAGAACUUUUUCAACAUUACGACGUAUUAAAUCAUACUUGAGAAAUUCGACAGGAAAUGAACGAUUAACUGGACUUGCUUUGCUAAGCGUUCAUCGUGAAAUUAAUAUUGACCUGGAAGAAGUGAUUAAUAUUUUUAAACUUCAUGAUCAUAAUUAUAAAUGGAUAACCCUUAAAAUUGGAAUGGUGUUCUCUAUGAGCAUCGUGAGUUUGGCAAUCUUAAUUUUUGAGUUUCUAUGUGUAGUGAUAAACUCUGGGGCAGGUCAUCACGUUGGUCACCACGCCGGUCAUCACACCAAUCACGGUCAUCAUGCUCGUCAAGGUCACAUUGGAGGUGGUGUUGGUAAGCGCAACAGAUAUGGUGGACACGGUGGAAAUAGUUGUCGUCACGACCAUGGUCACGUGGCCAGUGGAGGACAUCGCAACCAAGCUCUUUCGAUGCACCGCAGUGGUGAUAAAAAUCCGUUCAACCCGGCAGGCUAUUUAAAUUUUGAAAACAAAAAACCUCGAUCAUCGGCACAUGCUAAGAAGAAGGGACACGCUGACAUCACACAUUCGCAGACUACUUCAAAAGAAGUGAAUCCAGUAAAGUCCGUCAUCUUAGAUGCUGCUAAAUAUUAA